GUUUCCAUAUGUAUCUGUCUAUAUCUAUAUAUCUAUAUAUAUGUUUAGGAUCUUAAUUAAUUAAUUAAUUAUGGGAGGCGAAAGCAAAUGGAGAAAGAUGAAGCUUGCCUUAGGCCUAAAUACAUGUCUUUAUCUUCCUAAAACCGACGGCGACGAUGAAUCGCCGCCGCGGACCUCCGACGUCAGCCCUCGCAUGCCAACCACUCCCACGCCGUCUUCUUCCGGUCUCCAGCUGUCCAAAUACGGCCAUAAAUCUUCUCCCAAGCGGACUUGUGCAAUAUGCUUGAUGACGAUGAAAUCCAACGGUCAUGCCAUAUUCACUGCAGAGUGCUCGCAUUCUUUCCAUUUCCAUUGCAUUACGUCGAAUGUAAAACAUGGAAAUCGAGUAUGCCCUGUUUGCCGAGCCAGAUGGAAAGAAAUUCCUUUUGAGAAAUCCGGUUCUUCUCGUGUGAAAUCGGGCAUCAAUUCCGCUUCUUGGUCCCAACAAGAUUCGUGGAUGAUUCUACAAGGUAUACGUCCGCAACAAAUGCCCUCCAACCGUCACGUUCCUUUACUAUUUCAAGCUCCUGAGCCUCCCAUCUUUGAUGACGAUGAACUAGUCAACCAGAAAGUAGAAGAAAUCUCUUCCGGGAACACCAAUUCCAAUGGUGGAGUAGAAAUGAAAACAUACCCUGAAGUUUCUGCGGUAGAAAGAUCAGCACAUUUCGACAAUUUUGGAAUCUUAAUUAAUCUAAAAGCGCCAGUUACUAAAGGAAAUCUGAACACACGUACGCCAAUUGAUCUUGUGACUGUGCUAGAUAUUAGUGGUAGCAUGACUGGUACGAAGAUUGCUUUAUUAAAACAAGCUAUGGGUUUUGUAGUUCAAAAUCUUGGCCCUCUAGACCGGUUGUCAGUAAUAGCGUUUUCUUCUUCUGCCCGUCGGCUGUUUCCUCUUCGACGUAUGACUGAGGUUGGGAAACAAGAAUCUUUACAGAUGAUUAACUCAUUAGUGGCUAAUGGAGGCACGAACAUAGCCGAGGCACUAAAAAAGGGAGCCAAAGUGAUGACGGAUCGUAAAUUCAAGAAUCCGGUGAGUAGUAUGAUUUUGUUGUCAGAUGGGCAGGACACAUACACGAGUAUUAGCCCUCGAAAGACUGGGUUGAAGCCAUAUUACCAGACCCUUUUGCCGCCAUCUGUGGGCAAGAAAGAUGAUUUUCACUUACCAAUUCACACGUUUGGGUUUGGGAUGGAUCAUGAUGCUGUUGCAAUGCAUUCAAUCUCCGAAAAUUCUGGAGGGAUGUUUUCUUUUAUAGAAGCCGAAAAUGUAAUCCAAGAUGCUUUUGCUCAGUGUAUUGGAGGGCUCUUGAGUGUUGUGGUUCAAGAAUUGCGAGUUGAAGUUGAGUGUAUUCAUCCGGUGUUGCAACUUGGGUCAAUCAAAGCCGGAAGCUACAAUGUGGGUAUUGAUGACAAUGGGAGAUCAGGGUUCAUUGAAGUUGGAGAUUUAUAUGCUGAAGAAGAGAGAGAUUUUCUUGUAGUGAUUGAUAUUCCGGUUGAAGAAUCUGGUAAUGAUAUGCCAUUGGUGAAGUUUAGAGUUAUUCACAAGGACCCAAUAAAGAAAACAACGACAGUUCUAGGAACUGAAGAUGUGAUUAUUUCAAGGCCCGAGACAACUGCGGGGAAGCAAAUUGUGUCAGUUGAACUUGACCGACAGAGAAACCGGCUUAGAGCCGCCAGUGCAAUAGCUGAAGCAAGAGCUGCAGCGGAACGUGGUGAUCUAGCGGCAGCAACAUUGCUGCUUGAGGAUUGCAGAAAAAAGUUAGCUGAAUCCGUUUCUGCUCGUGUUGGGGACAGGUUGUGCACUGGCUUGGUUGCUGAAUUGAGGGAGAUGAAAGAGAGAAUGGCGAGUCGUAGAGUAUAUGAGUCAUCAGGGAGGGCUUAUGUGUUGUCAGGGUUGAGUUCACACUCAUGGCAGCGGGCCACAGCUAGGGGUGACUCGACAGAUUUAACGAGUGAGAUAACAAGUUACCAGACCCAGUCAAUGGUGGAUAUGGUUAGCCUAUCUCAGACGAUGUGUUUUAGCCGGAGUCCAUCAACAUCGAUGAUUAACCCUACGGCUGGACAAUCCAAUAACAAAAAAUCAUUAAGGUCCAUACACUCAUUUCCAGCACCGCAGCCGAGAUGAUGAAUUGGACAAGACCAUAUAAAAGGGUGGUGUGGUCAUUCAGCUCUAUGGCAUUUUUUUAAUUUUUAGUUUGGAAAAUGCAAAGAAAGAAGGGUGGGGUGUGAAUGUUAUUAAAGAAUAUGGGGUAUAUUUCUUCCAAUUGGAUUGGUUGAUUGUAAGGGAAUAAUUCUUUUUGGAAUAUUAGGAACUUUGAUUGCUCUUUUGGCUUUUGCAA